GCAUGGAAUUUUCAAGAACCACGAUAGUCCUUUGCCACAUUAUCUCCCCCUCUAUAUAUGUGACUACCUUGUACCUUACAUGUUCAAUCAGUUUCAAGACAAACUUUAGAUAUAGCCAAAGUCCAACACAUUAUCCACUGCUUUCGAUUUUCUGAGUACCCAAACAGAAGGCACAUACACAUUCAAAAAUACAAAUGAGGCACUUAUUACUAAUAAUACCACUGAUCUUGCUUGUUCUUGCUGGUUUUCCAUUCAAAGCAAAAGGGUCUCUGCUACCUUUUACAGAUCGACCUAGUACUCUCUUGGCUGAUCUGUGGUCUGAUCGUUUCCCUGAUCCAUUUCGGGUGUUAGAGCAAGUCCCAUUUGGGGUUGUCAAAGACGAGUCAUUCAUGGCUGUGUCACCUGCAAGAGUAGAUUGGAAGGAGACACCAGAGGGACAUGUUAUAAUGCUGGACGUGCCAGGAAUGAAGAAAGAUGAGAUCAAGAUAGAAGUGGAGGGGAAUAGGGUGCUGAGAGUGAGCGGAGAAAGGAAGAAGGAGGAGGAGAAGGAAGGGGAUCACUGGCAUAGAGUGGAGAGAUCCUGUGGCAAAUUCUGGAGGCAGUUCAAGGUGCCAGAUAAUGUGGACUUGGAUUCUGUCGAGGCUAAGCUGGAGAAUGGAGUGCUUACUCUCACAAUGAACAAGUUGUCACCUAAUGAGAUCAAAGGUCCAAGGGUGGUGAGCAUUGUAGGGGAUGAUGAGCAGACUGCCAAGCUCAAGGGUAAUAAGGGCAAGCAAGAGCUUUGAAUAAUAGAUAAAUGAUGAUUAUACUCCUACAGACUUCUCGUGUGCCAGUAAAUGAUCAGUAAAAAUGGGUUUGUAGUUGGGUUUUUAUGAAUAAAUGGGUUCUACUAAGAUCUUCGGUUGUGUUCAUGUAAUGAGUUAUCCUUGAGUUAAUCUUGUUUGAUAAUAUUAU